UUUGAGUUACGUUUCAGCUUCUCACUUUUUGCUCUCCUGUACCAGUGGAAUCGAAGUCAAACUAAUUAUUUGCUAUGCGUGGACAGUGUUAUUAGAUACGUAUAAUGGGUUGAGAAGUUGCAAUUGAGAGGUAGAAGUAGAAUGUAUUUUGUGUAAUUAAUCGAGGUGUGUUUAUACAGGCUCGGACAUCAUGGUUAUUAAAAAAAUGCACCUUUAACCACUAUAAAUACCAACCCUUGAACCAUCUUCAUUUCACAAAGAACAGAGCAUAGAGCAGUGAAGCUCACUCCACUACCCUUUGUACGAGUUUCAGCCUUCUGACGAACCAGAAGUUCAUGCCAGGAAUAAAACACUUGCUUAUCAUUUCUAUAGCUAUCAAUGCAGGGCUAGUGUUGAAAUUUCUGCAUGAUGGAGAUGAAUGGGCUGGAAGGUCUGUUCCGAAGGGUGUGCUUCCUGAGGCUAAGCCUGCAAAUGGGUUGCAAACUUUGAGCCGUGCAACUGAUAUGCAAGAUCAGUACAUCAAUCUGGACCAAACUAUCAAUAACAACGCCAUAAAAGGGGAAAUAAAAUUUAUAUCAUACACGGGAGCUUCAACUUCUAAAAGUGGUGAUCCGACAAUGUACGAGACCUACUGGAAGCAAAUGGGAGACAAAACGACACUUGUUUUAUCAGGUUGGCAAUCCAUUAGUUAUUUUUCGGAUACCAAGAACAUUUGCUGGUUUCUGGAGCCAGGCUUUGCAAAUGCAGUAACUAGACUGCACAAUCUAGUCGGGAAUGCUCAGACUGGAAAUUAUCACAUUGUAGUUGGAACAGGAUCUACACAACUGUUUCAGGCUGCGUUAUAUGCUCUCUGUCCAUCCAACGCACCACAGCCAAUGAGUAUUGUAUCUGCUGCCCCAUUUUAUUCGUCGUAUCCAUUGAUCAUUGAUUGCUUGAAAUCUGGGCUCUACAAGUGGAAAGGUGAUGCCUCAAAAUUUAACAAAGACGAGCCUUAUAUUGAGCUUGUGACUUCUCCAAAUAAUCCUGACGGAUCAAUCAGGCAAGCUGUAGUUAACGGCAGUGGAGGAAUACUGGUGCAUGACCUAGCUUACUACUGGCCCCAGUAUACUCCGAUCUCAUUUCAGGCAGACCAUGACAUUAUGUUGUUCACACUCUCCAAAUGCACUGGACAUGCUGGGAUACGUAUAGGAUGGGCACUAGUGAAAGAUAAAGAAGUUGCGAAGAAGAUGACUAAAUUUAUAGAGAUCAGCAGCAUUGGUGUCUCUAAAGAUUCACAGCUCCGAGCUGCUAAAAUCCUUGAUGUUAUUGCUGAUACCUACGAGCACACACAGAAAUUUGAUAAGGCUACACCCUUCUUCCAUUAUGGCUACAAUGAAAUGGCAAAGCGAUGGAGACAAUUGAGAUCAGCUGUCAGCAAAGGCCAAACAUUUAGUUUACCCGACUUUCCUGUUGAAAAAUGCAACUUUAGUGGUCAGACAUUUGGAACACAACCUGCUUUUGCAUGGCUAAAAUGUGAAAAGGCCGUAGACGACUGUGCAAGCUUCCUGAGAAAGCACAAGAUUUUGACCAGAAGCGGAACCCAUUUUGGUUCAAGCGAAAAAUACGUGAGGAUCAGUUUGAUAAGCCAUCAGGAAGAGUAUGGUGAAUUUAUUCAAAGGUUAUCUCUGAUCAGCUGUGUGUACGCUACAUGAAUAGAGUUUAGUCUUUUUUGUAGGUAUAGAUAUUCUCUAAGACUAAGUGAUGCAGAGGGCUGUACACAAAAAUGUAUAUGUUUGUAUUUGUAAACUUAUUGACUCUAAAUCAGUGACGUUGCACAAGUUCAGAGUAAACACCAUUGCAAAUACAUCCUCAAUAUUGUUUGAACCUUUUUCACUCAAUUAAGGACCAAAACAGAUACAUAUCCUAUGUAGUGGUGCCGCCCAAAUUAAAGAUUGCUCAGAAACAUGUAUAUCUAUUUGAAAAUAAAAAAGAAAAGGAAAGGAUUUCUUGGAAGUUCAUAUUUUCCUUU